GAGGCGGUGUUAAGACGCCCAUGCUAGAACGCACAGUUGGAGAUCAUAUCGUAGCUAUUAGACUGGUACUCCUGCCUUGUGUCCGAGGACAGAAGUUUACGGUGUAACUAGCAAGAGAUAGGCGCUGUCUCCGAUGACAAGUAAUAGUUGACUGAGCCGAGACUCGACUGUCAUGGCAAGUGAGCAGCGCGAGAUUAAGUUAGUGUGAGGUGGAGACAUGUCGGAUACCUGAUUCAUUCUACGUGGACAAUAUGACUUCGAACGUUUGUGUUGUCAAAAUUGAACCUGCAGAAGUAGACCUGGAUGAUGUGGAGGACUUUCUGGCAACAGAUGACCUGUUUGUGGAGUACUUCAAUGCCUACCUAUCCCUGCCGAGUUUCCCUGAGCCGCUGUGCUUCAACAAGGACACUGGGGGGUUUGAGGUGGUCAGCAAUGCCAAGAAACAGCUGGCCCAGCAGAUCAAGGCAGCCAUCCGGUCACAGCGCCGUACACCACGCAUGUACCAUGUGGCCAAACUGCACAGCUUCAUUGACAUCCCUCUCAUCCCCAUUGAAGAGCCCAUGGGACCGGAGAAGGUGGAGAUCGAUACAUCAUUCACUGUCACUACACUGAACAAGGAGCAGGGCAUCCACUGGGUGAAGGCGGAGCGUCUGCCCUCCUUCCUGGAGAGUGACUGCUACCUGGAGUACCGCCUGGCCAGCAUUGUCUCACAGGCCAGACUCAGCCAGGACACCAAGGAGUUUGCCAUCAUGAAGAUAGACUACAAACCUCGCAUCAAGCGAUCCAAGAAGAAAGACGAUGAUGAGCCUAAGGUGGACCCCAAGGAAGAGCUCAUCAAGAACAUGUACGUGUGUAUGGGCAAUGCAAGCACUACUGACACCGAUGCCUGGUUCUCUGAGGCUCAGAUGGUUCAAAAUACAGAGACAACAUUCUCUACAAUGUCUCGUCCACAGAGUGCUAUCCGCCCCAGCAGUGCUAGGCCUGUGAGUGUUAUGGGUCUGACUGACCUCAGUCGAAGAUGUGACAGUGGAUUUGGGAGUCCAUCAAAGAGUUCUGUAUUUGGCAGUGGCUACUUUGGUUCCAGACAUGGAAUUUACCCUGAUGAGAGUGCUGAAGAUGAUGUACCCAGCAAUAGACUAUUCACCAGCAGCUCUGUCAAACCCAACACUCCUCGCCCCUCUGAACCUGUGUGUGUCAUGUCUAAUGAUGAUGGUCAGAGAGGGUCAAGGCAUGGAGCAAUGGUGUAUGCCUAUCCCCGAUCUGAGACCACGGACACUGAGUCUGGCAUGGGAGACACAGAGGAAGACAGGGAGGAAGAACUGUCCACGUACCAGGAUGCUCAGCAGACAGGUGACAGGGAGAACCAGUCAGAGCAAGAUCUUCCCCCAAAAGAUGAGAGUGUUAUAGUGGAAAGUAUAGAUGACUUAGGAGCAGUAAUUGUUGGUGCAAUUCUGAAACGCUGCAUUGCUAGUAUUAUUGAUGAGGAUGAGAGGAGUAUUGAGAGUGAUCCUCAGAUCCAGGGAAUGUUCCCACAGAAGGAGUACUCCUACAUCACUAUGGAUAUGCUGGACCGUUUGUCUGUAGGGCCCAGUCAGAAGGGGCAGGUUCGGCUCCCAGAGGUGGAACUGGAGGAGCCAGAGAAGGAGCUGGCCCAGCUGCAGGAGAAGAAGGAGGAGAGUGAUGUGGAUUCCCUCCUGGACAGUGAGGAGGACUAUGAGGAGCAGGACACCUUCUUCAGGAAACACAAACACCGGACAUAUGACCUGAUGAAGUUGAAGGGGGUCCAGCAGUUUAAGGCUUUCCUGGAAGGUACCCUCGGGGAGAAGCACUGGAACCUCUGGGUGGACAUUGACCGGAGUCGUAUGCUCAAGUCAGAGGAGCACACUCUCCUUUACUUAGCAAACAUGCGUGAGAAGUACCAGCACACUGGGUCUCCCUAUGAGCUGUCGAUGGAGUGGAAGACUUUGCUAGGUUUGGUGGAACCGUCCAGCUGGACUGUAGACAGACUAUUGUCCAUUCAGAACAAGGUGGCAGAACCUCUUGUGCUCUACUGGGCACCUCGAUUUCUCCUGAAGCAGAUGGCUCCCUCAAAUCCAGACAGAUACUACCUGUACCACCAUCAGCAGCUACUCAAGAGAAGGAAAGAGGUCUACCCCAAUCCCCCAACUGCAGUAAUUCUGCCACUCAGACCCCGCUCCUGUAUGCCUCGUACUCAACACACCGCAAUCAUCACAGAGGCGCUGGCGCCAGUGUGUCAGGAAGACUUCAGUGCCCCAACAUCGCCACCAGUCGGACUGAAGAGAGUGUAUGCCCGGCCCAGCACAGUCACCUCCCAGAGGGAGAGUGCCAAGACACACAGUAAGAAGCCCAAGGAGCUCCUGUCUCCCCGACUCAAGAUGGAUAGAGUCACCUCCGCCAGAGUGCGGACUCCGGCUACUGCAAGAGCUCAGUCAGCUGUUUCCAGACAGAAAUCUGCAAAGGUGCCAGCAAGUCGUCCAGUCUCUGCUUUGUCUGAUUCAUCUGAUUCCUGGGAGUCUGCCUCAGUGAUGUCUGACCGUCUGUCCCCCCGACACACAGCACGUCCAGUGUCAGGCCGGCCAUCCUCUAGUAUGCUGUCCCCCCGCCGCACAGCAAGACCUGUGUCUCCUUCCAACAGGCUGUCCCCUACCACUCCAGCACGCCCAACCUCUGCAGCUUCAGUGAAGAGUUCGUCCACAGUGUCAGAGUUCACCGGAGGCCGGAGAAUGGAGGCACUGCUUCAGGCACUGCACCACGAGAGAUCAUCAGGUGGCUUCUUCAGAAAAUUUGUUGAGAGAGGUAAAAAUAAGCUGUGGCUGUCGGCGCUGGACUUCUGGCGUGAAGUGCAGGAAUACCACCUUCUGUUCUACACGGAUGUCAUCGACCACUACAUGCUGGAGAAGAAGGCUCAUGCUGUGUACUCCCAGUAUGUUGUUCGAGGGGCAAUGUACGACAUCGGUUGUUCUGGACCAAUCAGAGAUGAGAUAUACCGCUGUCUGGACCCUCCAUAUGAGGAACUAUUUGAUGCAGCAGAAGAGCACUCCUUGGCAAUCCUGUACGACGCCUGGCUCUACAACCUGAACGAUGACGUGAAGACCUACAGCAAGGUGGAGCUGAUUGAUGUGAAGCGCCACCUGGAGACCCGGUCCAAGUAUGUGCUACACCUACAGAAGCGAGGCCUCAUCAAGGAGCGCGUGUUGACCCCUGAUGACCCCAUGGAAGGCUUCGAGGACCCUGUAUAUGAUGAUAGUCUCUUGGAGAACAUUCCCCCUGAUUUCCGAGACUACACUCUGGAGAAGCUGAUACACAACCGUAUUGAGCUGGAACACUUCCGCCAGUUCCUCGCGGACAACUACGCCAGCAUGGACCUGAUGUGUUGGAUGGACACUGAGGCAUGGCGGAGAAUUACACACUCGGAUGAGAAGAAGCGGGAUCAGAAAGCCAAGGAGAUCAAAACAAAAUACCUUAACAAGAAAUACUUCUUCGGCCCUAACAGUCCUGCUGGGAAGGAGGGUCAAGAUAAGCUAUGCAUUCUGAGUGAGAAGGUAAUGGCUGCAGGAGGUGGGUGGGGCAAGUUACUGGAUGACCGACCCCCCAACUCUGUCAUCCUGGAGGCACAAAAGUAUGUGAGGGAACGUCUAGAGAGAAAAUGGCUGCCUCUGUUCCUUGUGACCCCAGAGUUCGAGGAGAGACAGCGUCCACGCACUGGCAUGGAUGAUGUAGUUGAUGAUGUCCUGGUGCAGAAGCGGAGACGCUCACAGGCCCUGUCUAAGCUUCUUGAAAGUCGGUGGAUCUCAUCAUCUAACGAGAUUCUGACGUUCCGCAAGGCUCUGAUGAACCCAGUAACGUCCCUCCAGUUCAGGAGAUACGUGUCAAUAAAGGGAGACAACCUGGAAAAUGAUGUUCUUUUCUGGCUCGAAGUUCAGAAAUACAAAGAGCUUCACCAUGCAAACACAGAUGACAGCCUGAUUCUGCAGAAGAUCAACGCCAUCAUCAACUGCUUCAUCGACUCGCAGAUCCCCCCAAGUCUGCAGGUGGACAUCCCAACAGAACUCGCCGACAAGAUCCUGGACAGGAAGUAUGAGAAGGGGCCGUACCUAUUCCGGGAAGCCCAGCUGACCGUGUUCAGAAUUCUCUUCAGUCAGUGGAACGACUUCUGUGAAUUUAGAGCCAACCUGACUGAAGAAAAAAUCCUACCUACAAUUGAGAGAAGACGACGGCAUGCCAAAUCCCGACAGAAGAGAAAUCGUCGAGAAAUUGAAGAAAAAGCUUCAAAGGAGCGAGAACGUCGCAUUGCAUUGGGUUUGCCAGUUGAUGGAGAGGAGGACGAUGACCUUUUUAUUGACCCUUUCAAGGCCAUGGAUGAGAGUGAGGCUGAGUUAGAGGACCGGGAAGGAGACAAGGUGUCGUGGACAUAUUCUAACUACAUGCGCGCACUGGAGAAGGAAGACCUACUGAAUAACACUGAUGAAAGCAUGUUCAGCUCACUCACUGAUGGCAACUCUUUCAAGGAGCUGAACUUGGAGAUGAUAGCGGAGAGUCUUGGGAGGGAGGACAGCCCCCCUCCCAGUCACAAGAAGUCAUUCCGGUCCGAGGAAACACAAACUACACCAUACAAAAAAGUGAGUCGAGCUGAGACAUCACUGAAACCUGUCGAGGAGAAAAGUCCAAGGAGAAGCCCCGAACCUGUUUCAGGAAAGCCCAAAGGCAAAGAAGACACUAAACUGAGCCCAAGACAAAUUUCUCCAAGAUUACAGGAAACAGUUCCAUCUAAAAUUCAUCAAGAGAAGAUAACUCCCACUAAAACAAUUCAAGGGAACACAACUCCUACCAGCCACACCCAUCCUGGUGCUGCCAUGAAGUUGAUGGACCUUGACAAAGGAAAAGUUAAACUUUCUCGUCAAAUUCCACCUCUUGUUCAGAAGAAAUGAUUAGGUUGCCACAGGACAGCCAUUCUCCUGAAUUCAUUAAUACUAUGUAGGUUCUGGGAGCAGUGCUAGUGUUAGUCAGACAGACCCGGUACCACACAUGUCGAGAGUUAGUGAUGAGACAGACAGCCUGUUUCUGAAUACAUGAAGUUGUAUUGAUUAACAAAGACUUCAGGUUAACAUUUUGUAGACUGUCAGGAGCUCACCUUAUUUAAUGGAGUAUAAUAAAUACACACUAUAUGGUGUAUACUUAGGAACUGAUUUCGUAUGAAAGUUCAAUACUUGGUUUGGACCCAGACAUUAAUUAGACCAAUUAUUGUCAGAAGUUCAGUAUACCAGAUCCGUAAUCAAUGUAGCAGAGCAGUUCUGUGCAUGGACACAUGUCCAAAUUAUCUUUGAUUUUAUACUAAUGUAUGUCCCUGUCUAUGAUAUCAUUAAAUCAUUGUAUCAUAUCUAUCAAGAAGAGGGGCGGUCGGGUAGCCUAGUGGUUAAAGCGUUCGCUCGUCACGCCGAAGACCCGGGUUCGAUUCCCGACAUGGGUACAAUGUUGUGUGAAGCCCAUUUCUGGUGUCCCCCGCCGUGAUAUUGCUGGAAUAUUGCUAAAAGCGGCGUAAAACCAUACUCACUCACUCACUCACUCUAUCAAGAAGAAAGUGGAUUAUUAAUUGUGAUGCUAUGGAAAUGUACUUUGAAGAAUAACUAUUGCCUAAACUAUAAAUCUACAACGAAGUUAAUGGAUAUUUCCUGAACGAACUAUAUAUCUACCGUAAAUUAUGCAUAUCCCCUUUCAGCUAAAUUUGUAAUUGCAGGAGUAUCAAAAACAUAAGGGGUGAGGUGAGACAUUGCGUUCAAGAUUGUUGCACUAACAUAGCAAUGUGCAUGCACUUGUGCUGUUUCUACUGGUCCAGACUAAUGCCGAUUUUAUAGUGUUAUAUAGCCCACUGAGAUACCAUGCCACAGUUUAACAUGAAUACCCCACUCAGACACAGUAUACUGACUCCGAGCCGACAAGUCCUUCAUUUGGCCCAUUAAAGUUUAGCACCAAGCAGUGUAACCACAAGUACCAUCUUUUAACGUCUUUGGAAUGACAGGGCAGGGAUGAAACCCCGGACCUUCCGCUCUCUGGGUGGAUGCUGUCCCACUUGACCACAGAGGCGCUUCAUCAAAUAUGUGCAUUGUUUCUGUGAAAUCUGCCAUUAAUGUCUAAACGUGACAGAAGUAUAUGGUGUAAUAUCAAGAAACUGUUAUACCUUCUUCAGGACCUUACUUAACCAUCAUAGUUCCUCUAUAUGUCUCCGCUGACCACUGCAAAUGUGCGAUGCAGGCCAGGUCAUGGACGUCCCACACCGGCUGGUCAUUCACACGACUGGACAUAUUCAAGUAGAACAACAAGUCGUAAGACAGAGUUUUGAAAGAACAAUAAUUCACAAUUGAUAUAAUUUUACAUAUAAUAUUAAGUAUAAUUUGAAUUUUAAGCAUUUCUAAAUCACCUCUGUAACAUUCAUAUUUUUAUUUCAAUCCCCUACAUGUCUCUCUACCUUUGAAAUAGCUGCCAUACUGUGUGAAAUAGGGGAAGUCACAUAUACAAUGUCGAUUCAACUCAGUCAAAACUACAUUUGCAGAUAAUGUUUUGCUUGAUAAAUAUGUACAUUCUUUAUUUCCAUAACUCAAAAUUAUUAUUGGUCAUAGGUCAGAUUUAAAAAAGGGGUCCUUUUAAAAGAUUCACACAAGAUGGCCUACAAUGGAGACACGGAGGAGCUUAAAUUACGUAGGUGGGUAAUGAAACAUUUAAUGCGGAUAAAUGUGCACUGUGAGAAAACAAUUCAGGUCAAUCUAUAAUGUUUUGUAUUAGUUCUUUGAAUGUCAAGGCUAUGAGAUAGUGUUAUCUGAUGUGUUAUCACCUUUGCCGAACAAAACAUCACCAUGGUUGUUACAAAUAAUUGGAAUUAGUUUUCUGUGAAAAGGUGUGUGUGAGGAGGAAGAGAAUCAUUUUGAAAGUAAUUUUCAGAUUAGAAACUCUUUUCUUUCAUGUCCUUGUAAAGUAAAACAAGGGUUAUUUCAUGUGAAUGAAAUAUAUUCUGUUAAACCUGUCAGCGCCCGGACAGUACAGCAACAUUGGUUGUACGUGUCACUUCUUUUGACUGUGUACUCUUAUUGGCAACAUAGAUAUCAAUAUUUGUGUGGAGAUAUGUAGAGGACUAAGGAGAAACAGAAGAAUUAUAGUCAGUGUCGACAUCUUGAAAAAAAGCAAUGCAGCUAUCUUGCAGUUGCUUCCUGUACACCUGAAACAAUUAGAUGUGAGUGGCGGCCACUACCCAGACACCUGAUCUGCAGAUCUGAUCAUGACGUGUUCAACUAUAGCCAGGAACACAUCAGUGUUACAAAGAGCUUUUCUUCUUUGCACUGUUAGUCACAUACAUAUGCACAGAGAUAAGUAGUGAUUUGAAAUCCCAAAAGCUAUGUGUCCGACUGCAUGCAGCUUUGAUCAUCCACUGUGUCCUCAUAUCUAUACCCGGUAUAUACAUUCUAACAUGGAUAGUUUUUGCACAGCAAAUGUUAACUGGAUAAUUUUGUAAAUAUUAAAUAUUUACAACCAUGUAUCAUUUACUGACUGAUUAUAUAUGCCAUAUUAUUCAUUAUUAUUUAUAAUUAUUUAUGAUGAUUUUAAGUUGUUUUUUUCCGUCCUUAAAAACACUCUGUGAUAUUUUGUACGGACAAUCUGGUUUUUUUACAUGAAUGUAUUUGCUUUUUGCUCUGGAUAACUCUAUGUUUAUCAAACUGAGAUCUAUUUCAAGGCAUUAUUCCAGAUAUACAUAGUGCUACCUUGACUUUUUCCUUCAACUUAAAUUAAAGUUUCAGUUGAUAUCAUGUAGUUUAUAUUAAAAACAUUAUUAGUCCAUAUUUUAUAGCCAUCCAUUAUGUUAAUUACAUUCAUGUCAUUUAUUAUUUAUGUGUAACCUCUAUAUAGCAUGUUGAUUUCAUCAAACACAGCUGUGAUUGCCUAUUUAUGAGUCCAAGAUUUUGCUCAUAAAAUAUUGCCCUUCA